ACUGCUCGACGAGGGCAGGCGUCAACAGCGCUUCUGAGACAUGGUGUCUACCACUCCAGCGCUAGUGCUGCUAACGAUCGUUGCCUUCCACGUUUGCGGAUCGAAUUCUAGUGAAGUGAGUGACGAUGCUGCCGCUGCUGCUGCUGCUACUGCUGCUCCCGUGACUGCUGCUGCGUGUAAGGUUGAGCUAAGUCAGAAAGCAUCGGCACAAGGCGUCCAGAACCGAACCUUCAACGAUGUAGCGUACUGUGCGUACCUUGGACUACGCUACGCCAGACCACCGAUCGGGGAAUUGCGCUUUGCGGACCCAGUGCCACAGGAACUGGAAGGCCAUCGGAACUACACCGAGUACGGGAGCGUUUGUGCGCAGUUCAACAACAUUAACCUGCAGACGGAAGUGAAAGGCGAUGAGGAUUGCCUUUUCCUUAACAUAUUUACUCCGGUGGCUGGGAGAGAUGAGGCGGGAAGUCCCGUAAAGUAUCCGGUACUAGUGUUUGUCCACGGUGGCAGCUUUAUCGCCGGUUCCGGUGAAGUGCAUGGUGUUGACUUGCUUAUGGAUAAUGAAGUGAUUGUAGUGACGCUAAACUACCGACUUGGAGUACUGGGCUUCCUCCGUCACGAUCGCUACAAUCUUACCGGAAACUAUGGCCUAAAAGAUCAGCUGGUAGCCCUCGAGUGGAUCGUGCGCUACGUGGAGCACUUUGGUGGAGAUCCUCAACGUGUGACGCUAAUGGGCCACAGUGCCGGUGGAGCUGCGGUGACGCACCAUUUGUAUCACCCUCGAGCACAACAACUGUUCCAGGGUCUGAUCGUGCUGAGUGGUUCCAUGUUGGCCCCGUGGGCACUGAACUACGAUUACCGCAAGUGCACCGACAACUACCUGCACGAUGUGUCCGCCAGCACACUGGAAGAACUGCGUGAGCUCGAAUUCAAGAAACUCUACCGCCGAGACGCUCGACUCCGGUACGCGUUUGCGUUCAGCAGCAUGUUCUACUCUUGCUUCAUUCCAACACUCGAAGAAGAGGGCACACCCGGAGCGUACUUCAUGCGUGCACCACAUCUGCAAGUACUACGGACGGCCUCGCCCUCGAUACCGAUCCUGAUGAGUGAAACUUCGUCCGAGUUUGAACAGCUGCUCGAUCACGUAACUGACUUUUGGAUGAGUGACAACUUUCUCAACAACCAGAAUCUAACGCUCAAGCGCCAGAUGGGGGAGAUACUCGAAAACCUUAGCGGUGUGUAUGUGGCGCAAGGGUUGGAAGAAUCCCGAAGACGAUUCUACCAAAUGACCGCCUGUAUGGCGAACGUUCGCUAUCCGAUCCGGCGGCUGCUGAACACGCUCGUUAGUGAUGCGCUGUACUAUAUGCGCUUCGAGUACGAUGGCAAGUUUGGAGAGUACAAGAAAAAGACGUACGCGGAGUACGUUGACCAGGAGAAGCCCGGAGCACUGCACGGUGAUGAGCUGGGUUACAUCUUCAGUCCCUUUAACCUACGGGAGGCGCUUGCUAACCGAACCGAGUACGCCCAGGAACUGUCCGUACACAGCAAGAUCGUGCAGUUGUUGGCUAAUUUCGUGAAAUAUGGCAAUCCAACGCCGAAGCGAAACAAACUCUCAAAGACGGCGUGGCCAACGUACAGUGCCGUUCGCGGCCGGACGCAGUACCUGAACGUGAACGACGAGUUCUUCAUCCACCCGGUCCGGGACCAGGAUCUGUACUAUCUCGUGUGGGAGGUUAUGUACGAAUGUUUGUAUUAUUCAAACUGCGCGGAGUUGGUGCGCCUGCAGAGCCUCUCCGAGGAGUACGCCGUUACGCAGCUACCCCGGAGUAAUGCUGAUGAUUACGAUUUAGAUGAGGAUAUCAAAAACAAUGUUACUUAGCAGGCCACGGACUAAUUGGAUGCAUCGACGUAGUGCCUUUGUUCCACCUGUAACUGGUUCUAGAAUUGUAAAUACAAAUGUCAGUAUGGCACAACCGUUGAACCCGAGGGUGCUUCUGUUCGUUUGUGAACGCGGAAAAGGAUAAAUAUCAUGAACUGUGUCUAUCAAUAUCU